AUGAACGGAUCGAAGAUUGUAGUUGACAUUGACAGAUCCGAAAUAGCGCAUGGCAAUUUUGUCACAAAACGCCAUGCGAAACGUCCGUCAGGAGCAAACAUGAAGAAGAUGAUGUGGAAUGGCACACUCGCAGUGUCCGCUGAUUCUUACGCCCGCGCGAAUCCGUCGACCCACUCGCAUCGGGCCGGAAUAGGAGAGAACCUGUACUGGCACUGGGCGACGAGGCCAGGGAAUUUGAACAGAUUCGGACAGAUGGCCGCGGAAUCGUGGAUAAACGAGUUCAAAAGCAUGGAUUGGGACACGACUAUUCUCACGAAUCAGCUGUUCGGAAGUGGAGUCGGACAUGCCACUCAGGUACUUAUUUUCAGUUCAUUUAGAGAUUCACCGUCAACUUCAGAUGGUUUGGGCCGAUACAGAUCAGGUGGGAUGCGCCUACGCGACAUUCAAUGAAGUACACAAGAAGACGGGACGGCCCAUCACGAAGAUUUGCGUAGUUUGCCACUAUUGGCCAAAGUGAGUUCAUUUUCUUAAAGUUUCUGAGUGACUCUAUUCAGAGGUAACUUCCUGAACGAGAAAAUCUACUUGGAAGGAGUCCCUUGCUCGAAAUGCGACAGUAAGAAGUGUGAUAAAUCUGCCGGUCUUUGUCUUUGA